AUGGCUGAUCUUGAGGAUCUUGAGUUUCAAGUAUCUCAGCUACGCAAAAACAAAACAGGUGCCCCCUACGAUUUACAGGAAUGGAUUGACGAACUUGUUGACAUGACUAGUAUUCCCGAAUCAAGGCUUCGGGCCUCUGCUGGCGCCAAUGAGUCACGACCAAGUGUGCCGCCCACAAUUACCGCACGAUACCUCGCAGAUAUCACCAGACGUCUGGCUCGAGCGCGCCAUCAAAAUGCGCGUUUCGCCAAUGCAUGGGAGAAGCUUGUUAGAGAAGCUGCUGAUACCCAGGCGAUUAUUGAUUCAUCCGCCUCCAAACGUCUCGAAUUCUCUCAUCCUUCAUUCCAGUCCUCUUCGAAUAGAUCAAUUCCUUAUAUCACCCCCACCCUGCGUUACUACACCUACGUUCAUAUUCUACCGGCGGCGAGGCUAAUUCUCGCGGGCUUCUUUUCGUUAGCGUCAGCUUGCGUUGUUUGGUCCGAAAUUAUCAAGUCUUUUGCCCCUAGAGCUUCUAUUGUCACACUUUCAGUUGUCCACAAUCCCACUCAAUCCGAGCCAAUCGGGUUCUUGGGCCAGGUAGCGUCUGCAGCAUGGAUUUUCUACAUGUGCUCGGCAGCAUUCGUGGGUGUAACGGACGUCAAGGUUUGGGGCAACCGGGCUCUGGUCCCUCGCAACACUUAUAGUGAAAGUGCCUGUUGGUAUGCAGGCCAAAUCGCCAAACUUACGGUUCCGCUUUCUUACAACUUUCUUACAUUCCUUCCCCAGGACGUCCAUAAGAAAACGACGUUUUACAACUUUCUUGGACGUCUGAUCAACUUAACCCCGCUGGGAAAGGGAUUUGACUACAUUUUUCCUAUAUUUAUAUUGAUACCCGUUUGCGCGACGUCAUUCAAUCUAUACGGACGAGUUAAGAGCUGGUUCGAUUUCGGUCUGCUCGAAGACGAUGAGGAUGUCGCACUCAAUUCUAGCGGAUUUGGAACUGGGGGCUGGCGGGAAGGCAGGGAACUGAUCGAAAAUCUACCGAGGAACCAGCCUCAGGGACAAACCGCCAGGGCUACGGUUUCGACUCGUAUACAAGCGGUCGCAGCCGCACCAGAGGAAGAUGAAGAGGAGAAUUUCUUCCAGUCAUUCGCGCACCGCGUCCGAAACACUUUCGAAACGGCGAGCACGCCACAGUGGCUGCGCGCGGACAAUGUUGGAAUCCAGCGGCCUAGAUGGCUCGGAGGUCAAGGAUCUGAUGUAGGAGAUGUGUUUCUGUGCAAUUCACUUUACAUCGUAAUCCUAAUGGCCGCCGAUGCCAACUCUGCGAUGCACCACCAAAGCCCCGCCCACUUAUCCUCCAUUUGGCACAAUCGGUGUAUGAUUUUCGUUUCCUCUCAUUUUUCCUCCAUCAGCGCGACGUCCGCUUCUUAUCUGGAGUCUUUUGCACCUCAUUUGCCUAACUCCCUGCGUUCUGUCCUCUCACGCUUUGCGAUCAAACUUGCCAAAGCGGACCUAACAUCGUCACCCUUCCUGUGGCUAGAUAGCCUUGCGAAGCCCUUUGAGUCCCUACCACUUCUUACCUCAUCAACCCCCACCACACGCCUCGCAGUCACCGUUCUAGCAGCCUUGCUUCUUGCGGUUAUUGUUGCAAUGAUCUGGAAUCCAUGGAGAGAGCGCUCAUCUCCAUAUCGGAACACUUCCCCACCAACCGUUACCAAUGAAGACUACAGCUACGUAACAGUCGAUGACGCCGACUACACCAGCGCGCGACAUAACCUAGGCUACUCCUCCACCGACCCGCGAAGCGGCCGGCAACCCCUCACAGUCGCCGACGACGAGUCUGAGCCAGAUGGCACGGUGUUGAGAGAUGACUCCGCCAGGGCCAGGGAUGUCGGGCUGAAGCAGAAUUCCGCAACCAUGUGCGUGGUAUCGAACAUCCUCCCAGAUACGUCGAGUGAGGAGAGUUUGGUUACGCCCGCAUAUUACGAAACAUCUGAAGCAGCGGAGCAGUCCUCAUCUUCCCCUCGCGCCAACGGCGCCAGUGGAGGUGGUGGCCGCAAAAAGCGACGUCAGAAAAAGCGUAAGAAUAAGAACGAAGAUAAAAAUAAGAACGCCUCCAACGACACGCAAGCAUCUGCACAAAGCACAUCUAAGCCAUUUGCGCUACCUAUAGAGCGGCAUCACCAACAGCAUCCACAACGAGCACCCCAACAACAACAACAAUCCCCACCAUCCUCCUACACUAGCAAUUCACCCAACCUGUCUGCGCCGCCUUCAGUUGCAGCCUCCACUGACUACCGUCCCACCUCCUCCGCCAGUGCGUCUGCAUCUCCCCGCCCAUCCCGCGUCCCCAAACCGUCCCCGAACCUCAACUUUGUCGGUACACCGCAAGAGAAACUCAGCCUCCUCAGCAGUUAUUUCCACGAUUCCCUCGAGCCUUUACUUCGCGAAUUCAUCCAGCAUCCACCGGGGGACCAGAAGACGCGGGAUAUCGAGCACCGCAAGCUCAGCGAGACGACGAUGAUGCAGGUUAUAUUGAAGGUUGAUGGGAUUGAGGUUGAUGGCAAUGAGGAGGCGAGACAGCAGAGGAGGACGCUUAUAGUCACGGUGCAGAAUUUGUUGAAAUUGCUUGAUGAGGCGCAUCGGCGGGGGUAG